CAAUGCAGCGCUAAGGUAGUGCGUGUUCUGUGUUUCGUUGAUAUUGGAAUUUUUGUUUUUCCGAUUUGAGUGUAAAUUUAAAUCCCAUCAAAAUGCAGAGCGAUGACAGGUUCAAACAUGUGUCUACUGAUCCGAAAUUCAGGCGUUUGCCUCAAAAGGAGAGAAAAGUCAAAAUUGACAAACGCUUCCAGUCCAUGUUUAAGGAUUCUAAAUUUAAAGUCAAGAGUUUAGUUGACAAAAGAGGAAGACCUGUCAAUUUUGCCAGCACUGAAAAUUACAAAAAGUACUAUGAGCUCACUUCUUCAGAGGAAGACAGUGACGAAGACGAUGACCAAGAAGAAGGAGAGCAGAAGCCAAAGGUGCAUGACAAAACCUCAAAGCAGAAAAAGGUUCAAGAUGAGAAAUCGGCAUCUUCUGAAGAGGAGGACCAGGAGUCCGUUGAUGAUGUGUCUGGAGGAGAAGAAGCUGAUGAUGAGAUAGAUAAAUCUCUGAAUAUAGACCAAGAUGAAAAGAAAUUGGUCACAAGUGAAGUAAGAGCAAAGUUGAAAGAUCUCUCAGUGGAUUACGCUAGAGGUGGUGGUCAACUCUGCACAGACUCAUCUUCAGAUGAUGAAUCAAGCGAAGAAGAGGAUGAAGAAUUGGAACAUGAGUGGGGUGAGCUGGACAAGGAUGCAGAAAAGACUGACGAAGCGACUUACAGAUUGGCUGCUUGCAAUAUGGAUUGGGACCGAAUCAAGUCUGAUGAUUUGAUGGUCUUGUUUCACUCGUUUCUGCCUGGAGGUGGAACUAUUAAAAAAGUCAUGAUUUUCCCGUCUGAAUUUGGCAAGCAGUGCAUGAAGGAAGAGGAGAUCACUGGUCCCAAGGAACUUGCAGAGCUAACUACUGAGGAAACUGGCGAAGAGGAAUGUAACACUGAAAUCCUCCGCAAAUACGAAAUGCGCAAACUGAAGUACUUCUACGCGGUCAUUGUCUGCGAUUCAGUCGCUACUGCUUCUCACAUCUAUGAUGAAUGCGAUGGGCUGGAAUUUGAGAGUAGCGCGACAAAACUGGACUUGAGAUUCAUUCCUGAUGACCUGACUUUUGACGAAGAGCCUCGUGACGAAUGCAGCAAGCUCCCAGAAAGUGGGAAAUAUGUCCCUCAGUUCUUUACAGCAGGAGCUUUGACUCAGUCAAACUUUGAGCUGACCUGGGACGAAACAGACCCUCGCAGGGCUGGCAUCAACAAAAGAGUGUGGUCAAGCAAGGAUAAAGACGUGGACGAGGAUGUUUUGAGAACGUACGUGGCUCAAAGUUCAGAUGAGGAGUCGGAUGAAGAAAAGCCGGAUGCAGAUGCUUAUCGGGCGUUGUUGGAAGGUGACAAGAAGGAAGACGAAGGAAAAGAUAUGGAAAUCACUUGGGGCGUCGAUUUGCAGAAUAAGGUUGAUGAGAAAACCGAGGAGAAAAUGAGGAAAGAGUCAGGUCUUGGCGAAUUGACGCCUUUCGAGAUGAUGAUGCAGAAGAAGAAAGAGAAGAGCAAGCAAAAGCGUCUAGCCAAGCAGGGAAAGAACAAGGACUCCAGUGACAAUGAUGAGGAUGACAAUGUUCCCUUCAGCGAUGAUGAUCUCCCUUCAGACGCUGAGGACAUCAAGCGUGAACUCAUGAUGAGCACCGAGUCAAAGAAUAAGAAAAAGAAAGGCAAGAAAGGUUCAAAGAAGCAUGAAGAAGUGGAUGACAAAAGAAAGGCUGAGCUUGAGCUGCUAUUGAUGGAUGAUGAGGGAGAUCGACACUUCAAUUUCAGCAGUCACGUACCAAAGAAAUCGCAAACUGCUAAUGACUUUGAGGUUGACGUGAAGGACCCUCGGUUCAAUGCUCUGUUCACCUCUCACCAUUACAACAUUGACCCAUCAAAUCCAAGUUACAAAGCAAAUAAAGGAACACAGGCAUUGGUUAGCGAGAAAAUAAGGCGCCGUGGUAACGCAGAAGAUAUACCUCAGGUACAAACACUGCAAACCCAAUCUAAGGAGAAGAAAUCUUCAAUGGGCUCUGAAAUUUCUAAUCUGGUUAGAAAUGUCAAGAGGAAGACCGAAGAAAAUCAGUUGAGAAAAUCAAAGUUGAAGAAGACAAAAUAAAUUUAUAUUAACACUUUAUUACAAACAUACAA